AUGCGAAGAUUUAUGGAUGCAACAUCUCCAGCAAUUUCAAGUAGAGCUCAUGAUCCGUCUGAGAACAUAUCCUUCGGUUAUCCAUUCUCUUUAUGUCUGGUUGAUGAGAGUUGGGAAUGGUGUGGACAAUGCCCAGCCUUGAGGUUUUGUCGUGGAUGUGCCAUAAGACCAGAUUCCUCAUUGGCGAAUAUCCCUGAAAAAUGUGGAAUAGCGGUUGAUUGGUUUCCCAUCGCUUUGUAUCUGAAGUACAAUCAUUCACAAGAGCUGGCGUGUGAGGACGAUGAAUCGGUGGCUGAAACAUGGUCGAGACAUUUCGCCCCAUCUUCCCUAGAACACUGUCUUGAAAAAUUCAGCUGCCCUGAGACUUUGGAUGUAAUGAUCCACUGCGACACUUGCAAUGAGAAGACAAAAAGGGACAAGGUUAUGACGAUAUGGAGACUGCCUCGAUAUUUGAUUAUCCACCUCAAGCGGUUUGAAUUUCUUCGUGGUGAAGGUCGCAUGGGAAAAUGCAAGCGGGUUAUAACAUUCCCACUGAAACAAUUUGAUCCAACACCAUUUGUAGAUGGACAUAAUGGAAAAUGCAAGUAUGAAUGCAUUGCAAUUGCGAAUCAUUACGGGCAACUCUCAUCGGGACAUUUUGUCGCGUAUGCUCGUGGCGUCGAUGAGAAAUGGUUGCUUCUGAACGAUUGCUCUGUUAGGGAAGUCGCUGAAGAGGAAGUGGAUCGAGCCGGUGCUUACUUACUUUUCUUUGAAAGGAAGGAUUGA